AAAUCCAAAAUCUGAACAGGCAAAUCUGAACAGGAACAAAGGAUAGACUCCUACAGUACCGGUACUGUUAUUGUUGUUUGCAGAUAAAGAAACUACUACAUUAAUAGUAGUAUAGUAAAGGUAUAGUAAAGGUAAGGUGUAACGAUGAAAGACUUGGAGAAUCCCGGGAAGACGGGAGAAGAGACGGAAGAUCCUUCGGUGGUCGUCACUGCGGAUGACAGCAGCACCAGUGGGAGCCUGGAUGAAGCUGCUAGUAGUACUAGUAGUACCAACGGGAAGGCUGUUGGAAAGAAGAAGAUGUUCGGUUGGAUGGGAGGAGUCUUGGCCUUGUUGGUGUUGACUGUCGUUAUCGUGGUGGCGGCUGUGUCGAGUGCUAAGGAUAAGGAUAGCUCCACAUCAAGCCUUUCUGGUUUCUGGAAGGAUGGAGAAGAUUCUGCUUCUGGCAAUCACAAGGACAAGCCUGGUUGCAACAAGACCCAAGAUCCUUUAGCUUUAGUAGAUCAAGAAGAAUCCACUCCAGCAGAACAUGUUUCUAAAGAUGAGGAAAAACUGGAAAUGCCCACAGAGCUACCCUUUGAUCAAGUUCCCAUUAUUCAAGGCUUCUCUCCAAAAGUCCUAGAAGGAUAUCCCACAGAACAAGACCUUCACCAAGAUUUGAUGCAAGUUGGAAAACACAUUCUCAAUCAGGUCAUUCUGGAAAAUGUUGCACGUCACCAGUACUACUCACAGACUGUUUGGGGGUCCAAUGACCAACUUAGUAGAGAACGUCCAUCCACUACUAGUACAGCAGCUGCUCAACAGGCUGGGCAAGAAAUUGCCUCCGCUGCAUCAUCAUCAUCAACAUCAACCACCACUUCAACAACUACGGAAGCUUCCAAGACCAACAACCAAGAGCACGAUGCUGACGAAGCGGAUCUCGUCAAGAACGACCAAAACUAUGUCUAUGCCGUCCUAGGAGAUUACCUAGUGGUCUGGGACAUUUCAUCAGGAGAACAAAUCACCCAUGUCCAAAUGCCAUCACUCGACGGAGGAGACGACAAUAACAAUAAUUGGAACUGGUCUCCACCCACGCGCAUCAAUGCCAUCAUGUUGACACCACACCAUGUCAUUCUCAUGGUGGAUGCACGCAACAACAAUGACAACAAUAAACAAGGACAGCCCGGAUUGCUCUCCAAGUACCAAGCCACACAGCUUCGUGUAUACUCCAAACCCACACCAAACAACACAGACUUGAACCUCCUGGCCACGCAGAAUUUGCAGGGAGUCUACCGGGAUGGACGAUGGUUGGAAGAGUCACAAUCCAUACACUUGGUAUUGUCGGGCGAUAUCAAUGCCUACUCUUAUCUCGUAGAACCACUCUCCUACAGUCAUUUCAACUACAACAAUGAUGACACAACAACAACCAUGACACCCAUGGAAUAUGUCGCAGCGGCCACCGAAUUGGCCACCAACACGCUCUUGCCAGAAUUUGUCAAGGCUGUCUCAGAGACACUCAAACUGAACGGACAGUUGCCAAAAAUGCUACAAAUCAAUGGAUGGUAUACGCCAUCAUCAUCAUCCACCAUGGUUCCAUCGGCACAAGAAAUACUCGCGCGAUUGGGAGCCACCACGACCGGUCCAUUCUACGAAUCCACCAGCAAUUUGCCACUCCGAGCAUUCAUUCAAGUCGUCUCCAUUCAUGUGGAUGAUUUGCCUCAUCCUCCUACUUCCAAUCAUAAUAAUAAUAAUGAUGGGACCAUACUACUACCCCAGGAGAGUCUUCCUGUCGCGAGUUCCCUCUUGAUGGGACCCACCACCGAUUGUCACUUUUAUGGAACGGAAAAUCACUUGGUCGUUGCAUUCGAACAUCUGAGUUAUAACAACAACAACAACAACAACAAUGAUGAAUCCACACGGGGAGCUGCGGCUGAAGAAAACCUCUUUGUGCUUCACUUGGGAGUCUCAGUCGAAACAGCCAGUGCUGACGAACCAGAAAUUUUGACUGCCCGCGUUACAGCCAAUUUCCACUCGGUGGCAACCGUUCCGGGACAUCUCAACAGCGCUUACAGCAUGGAUAUCCAAGGCAACGAUUUGAGACUGGCAACGACCGUGCAAAAAUGGAAUUUCCUCGAACGAGUGGGGCAACUCUGUGGCGGUGAUCGAAUGCAAUUCUUGGAGGGCACUUCCAAUAAUAAUGACGAAUGUCAGAUACACGACAGUUUGAGACAAUGCUUCAAUCUCGCCAUGGAUGGAUGCACGGAAAUAAUCCAAGACACUGGAUCAUGUCCCUACACGUACGCAUGUGCCCAACCCGAAAGAAUGGAAUCAUCCACUGACAAUUUCGUAAUGGUCUUUGAUUUGUCGUCGUCGUCGUCGUCGUCGUCCAAUGAUGACAUGAUGAUGACGGAACGCGGCCGUGUCCGAAUUGGUCAUGACCACGAAGUCAUUACUUCGGUGCAUUUUGGAGAAACCUUUUCGUAUGCCACAACAUUCGAUCAGCGUGAUCCUUUUAUUGUCCUGCAACUGGAACCGGAACAACCACCGGCCGUGUUGGGAGAACUUGAGCUGGAUGGAUUUUCAAGCUACCUUCAUCCUUUGGACGAUUUCGUACCCAACAAACUCAUUGUUGGCAUUGGUCAAAACACAACCGGAACAGGUCUGGAUCAACGCAACACUGGUGUCAUGGUAACUGUCUUUGACGUGUCCAAUCCUGCUGCUCCUGUGGCCGUGGCCAGUCACAUGCUAGAAAAUGAUGACAAGAUUGAGUCCUACACCAAUGUUGCAUGGGAUGCCAAGGCUGUGCAAUAUGCCAAUGGAAAACUGGUGUUGCCAGUAACCAUGUUUGAUAAUGGAGAUUGGAAUGAAGUGGAUGAAGACGAUUCCAUGCAAACCACUGGCGAAGACAACAUGGACGAGGAACUCGAAGUGGCACGUGGCCAAGACGACAACAACAAGGAAUCAAUCGGUGGCGGGUUCAAGGGAUUCUUUGUCUUGAAUGUUGGUCCAACUGGCAUUACUGAAGCAUUCCGCAUCAAUAAUGUCAAUACUGCCAAUACUUGUCAUUAUUGCCAUGGUGGUUUGACUGACUCCCGCAGCAUCUUGAUGGAUGAUGGCAGUUUGAUGACCAUGUUUGAUGAAUCUGUUCAGAGUACCAACAUGACAACUGGUGAGACAUUGUGGACCAUGACAGUGGAGCUGGAAGGUGUUUCCAAGGAUUGCUGCUGGUAG